UACUAAAUUAGAGAUUUUUUUGUUUGGUUCUUACUUUGGAUAAAUACAGCUGAUGAUGAUGAUGAUGAACGGUGUAAGGGUUUUACAGACACCCCGAGUGUCUCUAUAAUGAUUAUGAUGAAAAUUAGGUUUAAAGAUGAGGUUUUUUUACUGAUUUAUAUCUAUAUAUUUCAUGUUAAUGGUGAAACCAAUAUCAAAUGAAGUUAGUUAAGGCGGCAAAGCACAGGGAUUUUGAGUUUGACUUGGAUGCACCGUUACUUGAGCUAGUUCUUCUUAACAAAAUGGAAAUUAAUUUCUUUAGUUGAAUUUAUAGUUUACUGUUGUUCAUCACUCGUUGUCCUUGCCUUAUCUUCUUCCCUGUUGAAGCAAGGGUGUUAAGCAAAAAUGAUUAAAAGGCAAUUUUACAAGCAAGACCAUGACAAUGAUAAAGACGAUAUCUCUGAUUCCUCUUCUAACUCAGAGUCAGAAGAAGAAGUCUCAGAUGCCCAAGAAGAAGAAGAGCAAGAUGAAGAAGAAAAAGAUGAAGAUUCUGAUGUGGAUUCAGAAGCUAAGGAAGAUGAGCAACCUUCUUCCUUGUCUACUGGUUCAGGCUACAAUAGUGAGGAAAGCUCAGCGGAAGAGGUUGAUUUUGACUCAUCAGGUUCAGUAUUAAACGAUGACGAAGAAGAAGAAAGUAGCAAAGACAAAAUUAAGGAUAGUCAAUCCUUGAGUAAAAGAACUGCGACGAAAGAUCCUAUUGACGCUGUUUUUGCAAUGCGUACCUUAAAAUGUAAAUCAGUUUUCAAGUGUAGGCUCUGCCCAAGGAUAGUCUGUUUGUCUGAGGAAACAAUGAAGGCACACCUAACAUCCAAGAAACAUGCUCGUUCUGAGAAAUUAUUAACUGAAGGGAGGCUGAAGUUCAUGCUAAACAGUGAUGGUGAAGCCGAGGAAGAACCAGAAACCCAUGCCGAAAGACACGCCCGAACUUUAGCUAUUGCACAGGAUUUAACAAGUAAGGUGCCUUGUCCUUCUUCAAAGAAGAAAAAUCGGAAGAGUCAGCGACAGAGAAUCAGAUUAAAGAGGAAGAGGAAGGAGUCUGGAGAUGUCCCUGACAAAGAAAAAGAGGAUCAGUCGGUGAAAAAGCAAGACAAAGAAAAAGAGAAGCAGUCCGAGAAAAAGCAAGCUAAGAAAAGGCGUAAAAACAAAGACUAAAAUUGAAAGUUUUUCUAAUUUUUGUACUGAGCAAUGGAUGAAAAUGAAACAGGUGGAUUAGUACCUGUACUUUUUCGAGGUACUUUUUCGAGCAUUGGAUAACCUGUUUAAUCACUUGAUUGUUGCAGUAAGAUGUAUUUGUUUCCAUGUUAAGGUUUCAUGUUCAGAAAAUACUCCUCUAUGUACUGUUAGAUGAGUGUCUCUUGAUUAGUGUUUCUUGAGUGUUUUCAUACAUUUUGAUCGUCCAACAAAACUAGAUAUUUCAUCUAAUGAGCAAUGAGGGUUUUAGUUGUAA